AUGAUCCAACCAGUUCUCAAAGAAGAUUGGUGUCCCGUCUAUGCUGUUACAACAGAGGGAAAACCCAUCUACACCGAUAAAAUAGAUGGCCACUUCAUUUGGGAUGUUGAUCCAACAAGAUGUGACCCAGAUUGUGACUGCUGGAUGCACGAUGAUGAUAUUGACCGAGAUAUCAUUCUUCCUAAAACAAAGAAAAAGGGAAGGUGUAAACCCUCGCCACCUCCUCAAAGGAGAUCUGAUCCAGACAAUGGGCCAUGGGUAGGAAUCCAUGGAAAAAAGAAACCCCUUUGUAUCUACAAGGAAGGACUAAAAAUCCUCAGGAGAGAAGGAUUGCUACCACCUGAUGAUUUGAAUCUUAUUAUAUGGUGA